CUCCUGUUCGCUGGCUCUGGAACCGCGACCACUGGAGCCUUAGUGGGCUGCAGUUGGAGUCUCUGUCCUGCCCCGUUGCCCGAAGUCGGCCUGGUCGGGGAGGGUGCAGGGGGAGCGCGGUGGGCGCAGCUUUGAGCCCCGGAGCGCGCCCCAGCCCUUAGCUUGGGCUCGCCCCUGUUGCUGAGGCGCGAUCAGUUGCUGCACUGACAGGGGCCGCGCGCGCGCGCGCGCGGGAGUCGGUGGGGUCGCGGCACCCGCACCUGCGCCCGCAGCCAGCGCUGGGUCCUCGCCCAGCUGGGCAGGCGAAGAGGCCGGGGAGCGGGUGCGGGCGCAGGCAUAGCCCCGCAGGGCCACCUCCUCGCUCCGUGGCCGCCGCUGGAAGAUGUCUCAGGAGAGGCCCACGUUCUACCGGCAGGAGCUGAACAAGACAAUCUGGGAGGUGCCCGAGCGUUACCAGAACCUGUCCCCGGUGGGCUCCGGCGCCUAUGGCUCCGUGUGGGAGGUGGGGGUGCUGCUCAGGGACCGGGCACGGAAUGUAGGAGCUCUUUGGGGAGCUCUGCUGGCGUCGAAGGAUCCUCUCCAGAGCUGCGUCUGCCUUGGGCGCGGGAUCCUGCGCGCUCAGCAGACGAGUCCGAGUUGCUGCUGGGAGGAGCAGAAGGGCACACAGCCCGAAUGGGAGACUGCGGUCAUCCGAACCAAACUGACCACCGAGGGCGUUCUGUCCGGACUUUUGCGUGUGAUUGGUCUGUUGGAUGUUUUUACACCUGCAAGAUCUCUGGAGGAAUUCAAUGAUGUGUAUCUGGUGACCCACCUCAUGGGGGCAGAUCUGAACAACAUUGUGAAAUGUCAGAAGCUUACAGAUGACCACGUUCAGUUCCUUAUCUACCAAAUUCUCCGAGGUCUCAAGUAUAUACAUUCAGCUGAUAUUAUUCACAGGGACCUAAAGCCUAGUAACCUAGCUGUGAAUGAAGACUGUGAGCUAAAGAUCUUGGAUUUCGGACUGGCUCGACAUACAGAUGAUGAAAUGACAGGCUAUGUGGCCACUCGGUGGUACAGGGCUCCUGAGAUUAUGCUGAACUGGAUGCAUUACAACCAGACAGUUGAUAUUUGGUCAGUGGGAUGCAUAAUGGCCGAGCUAUUGACUGGAAGAACAUUGUUUCCUGGUACAGACCAUAUUAACCAGCUUCAGCAGAUUAUGCGUCUGACGGGGACACCCCCUGCUUAUCUCAUUAACAGGAUGCCAAGCCAUGAGGCAAGAAACUACAUCCAGUCUCUGACCCAGAUGCCGAAGAUGAACUUUGCAAAUGUAUUUAUUGGUGCCAACCCCUUGGCUGUCGACUUGCUGGAAAAGAUGCUGGUAUUGGACUCAGAUAAGAGAAUCACAGCAGCCCAAGCCCUUGCACACGCCUACUUUGCUCAGUACCACGAUCCUGAUGACGAACCAGUGGCUGAUCCUUACGAUCAGUCCUUUGAAAGCAGGGACCUCCUUAUAGAUGAAUGGAAAAGCCUGACCUACGAUGAAGUCAUCAGCUUUGUGCCACCACCCCUUGACCAAGAAGAGAUGGAGUCCUGAGCACCUGGUUUCUGUUCUGUUGAUCCCACUUCACUGUGAGGGAAAAGCCUUUUCAUGGGAACUCUCCAAAUAUCAUUCAAGUGCCUCUUGAUGCAGAGAUUUCCUCCUUGGUGGAAGGGGUGUGUGUGUGUGCGUGUGUGUGUGUGUGUGUGUGUGCGCGCGCGUGGGCCCGCACGCGUGUAUACACGUGUGCAUGUGUGUGUGCAUGUGUGUACCUGUCUUUGUUGGGGGGGGGUAAGAGAAUAUGAGCAAACUGAUCACAGUGACUUUGCAUGGAUCUGCCGCCGCCAUGGCAGGCUCCACUUGCUCUUCUUCGGAAGUCAGCUCAGGCACACAGAGCUGCCAUCUUCUUGGGGAUAUAUGUCACACACAAAGUAAAAAAUAUUAAACAUCCCAAACCCCAGUCAUGCUUUUGCCAUUUUGGCAUUUGCCAUUUGCCAUUUGGCGUCUCCCUGUGGCGCAGGGAAGGCUCACUGCUGGCGGCUCCGGAUCGGACACGGUCCUUCAGCACCGCAAAAGGCCCAGCUGGCUGUGCGCGCUAGUCUGCGGGAGUCUCAGAACUCAACAAGUGUAUCUGAAACUGUAAAUAUGUCUGUGCCUUAAAAGGAAAGAAAAAGGUGUAGUCAGUCAGGAGAGGGCAGCAGAUGAGUUCCUGAGCUAGCGUUGUCAGGCGGCCACUUAAGUAGCCAGGGAGCCUCGGGGGCGCCGUGUGUGCACGUGUGAGCAUGCGUGUUCUCGCCUCCCCCUUGCCCCCAGGUGUUGUUGCCAUGUCUCUGCUUACCCCUCACCUCCAGUGCAGAGGUUUCUUGAGGAUGGGCCCCAGUCGUCAGAAGCCGGCUCUUGCUGUCGUGUCCUUCCCGUGUGCUCUUUAUUCCUAGCAGAGUGACAAUGUGUUUGCACGUCUCGCUAUUUGAGCAUGCCCAGCUGCUUGUCCUGUCCUCCUCGGGAGGCCCUAGUGCCAGGCAGGUUUGCCAGCAGAGACUUGUUGGGGAGUUCAGAACCCAAGUCGCCUCGGCUGCUGCUGUGGGCAGGUGACGUCAUCCCCUUCAGCCCCCAGUGCUAUUGUGUUGAACACAAUUGAUACUCCAGGUGCUUUUGAUGUGAAAACUAUGAAGAAACGAAACAGAUGGAGGUAUAGCAUUUUUAUCCUUGCCAUCUGGUUUUCAACAAGUUGUUUUCGGGAAGUUAUGGGAAAGAUCAGGGCUUUGCCCGGGAAUAUCUCAAACUUUGGAAAGGAAGUUAUUCUCUUCACUCCCAAUGAGCGAUGCUAAGAAAUGCUGAAAAUCAAAGUGAAAAAUACUCAAGAGGCCAGAAACUCCUUUCGCAAUCUUUGUUCAAAUAUGGCUAUUUAAAAAAGAAAAAAGCAACAAGUUUUCUUUUCCACCCCUCUCUGGAAAAGGGUCUUCUUGGCAGCUUCAUAUUGACUUCUUGGUUUGGGGAGAAAUAAGUUUUAUUUCAGAAUUUUGUAUACUGCAGGAAUCUUUUGAGAAUGUGAUUCCUUUUGAUGGGGAGAAAGGGCAAAUUAUUUUAAUAUUUUGUAUUUUCAACUUUAUAAAGAUGAAAUAUCCUCAGGGGUGGAAAAGAGUUGUUUUCAUAAUUUUCUGACUUUUAGGUAUCUUAUACAACAUAAGGGCCCAUAUUUAAAACUUUUGUGAAAUUCUGAAGCCACUUCCAUUUUGGCUGUGUGAUGAAAUCUUGUGUCCGGGCCCAGGUGUUUCCACUGUUCUGUCACAGUGCAGUGACAACGUGCACUCCAGAGGGCAAGGUGGGACCCCUGAGUCAACUGGAGCAGGAAGGCAGAGGCAGGCUUCCUGGUGAUCACACUUCACCUGGGGUUCUCCCCCUCUUUAAAGGAAAAAAACGCAAAGGCCUCAUCUCCUUUAUAUGCAGUUCAAAUCCUCACAACCCACAGCAGGAUGAAUUUUAUCAGCCGUGUUUGGUUGUAAACGCUAGUGUGAUUUCCAAUAGAAAUACUGCUCUGAAUAUUUUUUAAUAAAGGUCUUUGCACAUGUGACCACAUACGUGUUAGGAGGCUGCAUGCUCCAGGAGCCUGGACUCAGCUGGAGCCUGCGAAAGAGCUCCUGGGUUUCUGGGCAUCAUACUCCCGUCUCCUGAUUUCUCCUGAUUUCUCUGAAGAGAAAACAAAAGAGAGAAUGAGGGAAACUGCUAUUUUAUUUGUAUUCAUGAACUUGGCUGUAAUCAAUUAUGCCAUAUAGGAUGUCAUACAAUACCACUGGUUCAAAUAAAGCCUAUUUUUCAAAUUUAGUGAGUUUCUCAAAUUUAUUCUAUUUUUCUCUUAUUUGUGUGUGGGUAAAGCAUGCGGUCUAAUUGUAUCCGUGUUCUUUCAGCAGUGGUCUGGCGCACAUUCUUGGGGGAACACUCUAGAUUGAAGCAGAUGUGCGUCUGUGAUGGAGGUAGUAGUUGCCUACCUUGAGAGCCAAGAGCAGAUCAGCACAGGGUUACGUGGCCAGCUCUGACCGCGGCACUGGGAUGUCAGAGUGGCCUAGAACAGGGAUCAGCACACUGGCCAACAGCCAGAUCCAAUCUACCACCUGUUUUCAUUUGGCUUACUAAAGAUGAUUUUUACAUU